AAAGUGGACCAAUCAAGAUCAAACAUGGAAGGAGAAAUCAAUAAUUUCAUCAUGGUAUGGACUAUAGCUGCAGCAACAAUGUCCUAUUGUCACACAAUUGGCAACCUAAUCUCUCAUGGCACACCAAGACUCAUAGCUCUCAUCCCUGCCAUAAUCCUCCUCUUUCUCCUCCCUCUAAGACUCACCUCAAUCCACCUUGGAGGCCCCACUUCUUUCUUCCUAGGUUGGCUUUCCACCUUCAAACUCUUCCUCUUUGCCUUUAACAAAGGUCCUCUCUCAUCUAACCCUCCUCUCUCUUUACCCCACUUCAUCUCCUUAGCAACCCUUCCCAUCAAAUUCCAACACCAAACCCAUAAUAAUAACCUCAUAAAAGACCACAAAUCAAAUUCAAAACAAACCCUUAGGUAUACAUAUGCAAUUAUUAUUAUCAUAUUAGCUUUAUUAAUUCCACUAUAUAGCAAAAAAGAAAAUUUCCAUCCAAAAUUUGUUUAUUUAUUAUACGCCAUCCACAUGUAUAUUGGUCUUGAAUUUUUCUUUGCUUUGGCAUCAACUUUUACUACAAAGCUUCUAAGUGUUGAGUUAGAGCCACAAUUUGAUAAGCCAUAUCUAAGCACUUCACUUCAAGAAUUUUGGGGGAAAAGGUGGAACAUUACGGUGAAUCGUGUACUACACCCCACCGUAUACGAACCAGUGAAGACUUUUUGCAGCCGUUGGAUUGGAAGAAAGUGGGCCCCACUCCCCGCAAUUCUCGCUACGUUCACCAUGUCGGCUAUAAUGCAUGAAGUUGUUUUUUAUUACAUCAAAAGAGAGAAACGAACGUGGGAAACAUGGGAACCCUCGUGGGAUGCAACGUGCUUUUUUAUUUUACAUGGAGUGUGUUUGGCUGUUCAAGUUGCGGUUAGGAAAGCUUUUGGAGAGAAAGUGCGGUUGCCGACGGUGGUUUCGUGGUUGCUCACGGUGGUGUUUGUGAUGUAUACGACGUUGUGGCUGUUUGUGCCGGCGCUUGUGCGGUGUCGUGUUUAUGAAAAGGCGUCGAGAGAGUUGAAUGCUUUGAAUGAGUUUUUGAAUGACGUGUAUGAUGCUGUAAGGUUUGGUUUUUUAUCUCAACCAUUCAUUCAUUAUAUUUUUGUCUCCUUGCAUGUUUUUAUAUUUCCUUUAAUGGCCAAUCAACCAAUGGAUUGAAAAAGGAGAGAUAGCAGCAUGAAAAGGGCCGGAGGGGAUCCAAUUCCUUGGAGGAUUUGGAAGAUACGCUUCUUUUUGUUUGUAUUCAUUGAUAAUUGAUUCAUCUUUUCUUUUUCUUUUUUUUUUUUGUCAAUAAGGAAUUCAUCUUUGUUGUUUUCGUAGCUUGAGUUUUUUAGAUUCUUUUGGCUUA